AUGUCUCCCUCCAAGCCCGCGGUCCUCCUCAUCCCCGGUGCCUGGCACGUCCCAGCCUCCUACAACAAGCUAACAAACUUAUUAAAAUCCUCGGGCCACGACAUCCACGUCCCCUCCCUCCCCUCCAUGAACGGCGCCCGACCCCCAACCGCCGAUCUCGAAACCGACACCGCCCACAUCCGCGAAUACACUCAGCAGCUCGCCGAUGCUGGCCAACACGUGGUCAUAAUCGCGCAUUCCUACAGCGGCCAAAUCGCCUCCAACAGCCUCACUGGCCUAUGGGCCACUACUCGCGCCCAACAAGGCUUACCCGGCGGCGUGGUGCACAUUAUCUCCCUCUGCGCGUUUAUGGUUCGCGAAGGAUUCAGCAUGACUGACGUGGUGCAUCAUUUCGGCCACGAUGAUUAUAUGCCCCUGGCGUAUGACUUUGCUGAGGAUCAAACGGUUGUGGAUCGCGAUCCGAAGGGGCGGCUUGUGAGUCCGGGACCUGGGGAUGAUGAUGUCGAGGUGGAGGGGUAUUUGGGGACUUUGAAGCGGUGGAACGGGAAGUGCAUGUCCCAGGGUCUAUCGACGGAUCGGGUCGCGUGGAGGGAUAUUCCAGUGACUUAUGUGCAUACUAUUGGCGAUAUGACUACGCCCUUGGCGUAUCAGCAAUGGAUGGUGGGGAAUAUGAAGGAGGAUGGUGUGGAGGUUGAGACUGUUGAGUUGGACACGGGACAUUCGCCGAAUCUGACCAAGGCGAAGGAGGUGGCGGAAAUUGUGGAUAUGGUUGUUGCUCGCUAUAAAAAGUGA